AUGAGGUCUCUCGGUGAGCGCCUUAACAAGCUUCGUGCUAUCAUUUCCUUAAGAUGCGGCCCAGGCGCAGCAAUUCUCCCCCCAGAGGUGACCAGAAUACAUAUGGACUUUGCAACGAGCUUCAAGAACGGUCAUAUGGGCGCCAAAAAGUUCUGGCGUGAGAACCUCCCCCGACUAAAAUACCAUAAUCCCUCAGUUCCUAUGAUCGUCAAUCGUCACAGCCGGAACAACAAGAAGCCUACAAUCUCUAUCUAUCUCCGCAAACCCGACGCUUCAACUCCCGCGCCCGCUACUCGUUCCCAGCCCUCCUCAUCACGCAAUAACAUGUCCAAGGCCACACCACCGGAUGCUGACGAGAAGAUUGUCACCGUCGAUAUGACUGAGAAACAUUCUUCUCACAUUCUUGAAUACGUACUUGCCGAGACCCGUGCUGUCCCCAUCAAACCCACCAAGGAGGAGAUUCGCGAAUUGCAGGAGUUGGACGCCAUGGCCAGACAAGCCGAGGUCGACCGAGCACGUAUGAGGAGCCUACGUGAGGAGAAGAAGCGUGAGGAGGAUAUGUUGAAGCGAGCCCGGGCUGCUGGCGGUGUUACUGAGGAAGAGGAUUCGUAA